AUUAAAUACAUGAAUGAUAAUAAAUAGUAUUUAACACCCGACAAAAAACACCCAUUUUUAUAAGUAAUAAAAUAUCAUAUACUUCCAAAAUAAUAGUUUUUUUAUAAUUUUUAAUUAUUAUACCGGAAUAGGAAGAAGAAAAUUAAUUUGCUUAUAAAUAAAGAGAAAAAGUAUAUUUUAAAAAUAAGUAUAUUGCAAUAAUUUUGGAAUGUAUAUGUGACUCUCAUCAAAGUAUUGUAAAAUAUCUAAAACAUUUCACAAAAUUACUUUUCCCAUUACAUAUUUCAUUAAAAUUUACAUCAAAUAUAAAUAUUAAACUUACUGUUAAAGUAUUUUAAUCAUUAUACUUCUUCCGUGAAUAUUUUUCUACUCUUAGAAAUAAUGUAAGUAUAAAUCUUUUCUACAGAUUUAAGAUUAUAUAUUCUAAAGGUUUAUGCCUUUUCCUCUUCACCAACCAACAUCGACAGCUUCUCGUCAUAUUUUUCUGCAAACGCAGCAUCUGUGUUUUUGAUUGAUAGAAGCAAAGAAUCUUUCUCUUGUUGGGACCAAUUAUGACUCCAUUCCCGAAAAAGUUUCACACGACAUUGAAAUAGGCUUGGAGGCCUAUCAGACUCAUUCGAAUGUCCUAAACUUUCCAUUCUAGAUACCAAUCCAUUAACAAGACCAGCAGGCCCACAUUGCUCAAGAAGUACAUCCAAAAAAUCACUCCUUUGCAUCUCAGACCAUUCUUGAAACCACUCUAUUAUAUAGCGCAGUUGAACUUCAUUAGUCAAUAUGGAGAAAUAUUUACCACUUGUUAUUAACAAUGUUCUCUCCAGUUAUUUUCAGGUUACUGUUUCUAACCAUUACAAAUCUAUUUACGAGCGCACACAAGACCGUGACGAUAUCAUGGAAAAAAGAGCGAGUUAAUGCAAGCGUAACGUUUAAAUAUUUCUUACAAUUCAAUACGGAACAAUUCUUCAAAAUUACUGAUCGGUCAACUUGGAUUUCUUAGGGUUAAUAACUUCAACCUCGUCCUCGAAAUCCGUAUCGCUUUCCGACGUUAGCCGAUCUCCUGCAUCAGCGGAACAACGUUGCUCUUCCACGAGGCUAGUUAAAAAAUCGUUGACUUCGAGUCGUGUGUUUUUCAGACAAGAAAUUAAGCUGCUCAAAUUAUUUGCAUUCAACACCACGCUGUUGUUAUUCUCGUAAAUGCACUUGUCGGUCUUAAAAAUUUUCACGUGCACGCUGGUACCGUUCAUUUUGCCGGUGUAUUUCCAUUCGCGUGGCGGAAAAUAUUCAUAAACGUCAAUAAACGCUCGGUACGAAGAAAUGUUCAUAGUUCCUACAGAUUAGAGAUUAAGUAUCCCUACUCUGAAAUCAUCGGUAGAAACAUACGAAGCGUGGUAAAUUUUCGAUAAAAGCUCGUACGUUUGAUCGUGCUAAGUUAGACGAGUGUCUUGUCGCCGACAUGUAAAUACUCCAUAACGUUAAGUUUGUUACACGUUAUAUUGUUGUAGUACGUUGUCAUUUGGGGAAACUGAAUGAUCGUUCACUGUCACAGCGAACUUGUGGACUACAUUUGACAAAAUCUUAAAAACAUAUGUUGGAAUUAACAAAAUGGUCCUGCUGGAGAAUGAUGCGUUAACGGACACAACAAGCCAGUACCAAGAGAAGGCAGGCCUCCGCUACCAACACCAAAUGAAUUUCUUUGUCUAGUAAGAGCCUCAUUGAAAUCCAAAAAGAUCUCUACUGUUAUACACUCUAAGGAUGUAAAUAAGUUCCAACAGGCAUAUUGGAAUUUGUUAAAGUCGAAUAUCAAUGGUCUCAAAAAGCUAAAAAAAGUGAAAUCUGCAAAGCCUAAAGUUCAUUGAUAUCGUGACAACUCAUCAUUUAAUAUACAUACAUAUAUAUAAAAUUUUUUGUAUAACAUCAGACUUAUUUUCCUCAAUGUGUAAUGUAAUACUGCCUAAGAAAUAAAUUACACCCUACAAAAUGUAAAACAAAAAAGUUGGUGAAUUUUUAUUCAAUACGAACGUAUCUAAUAAGUGAUUGCAAUCAAUUCUAUGAUUCUUUUUGUUGACGUACGUGAUUUGUUGCCGCAAGAAAAAAGGAGUACGUUCACCAAUCAUUGAUCGACAAUUAUCACAAUACUAAAUUCACGAAAUUAUGUCAGGUGAAUAACAAAUUGACAUAUAACCAAAAUUUAUACGUGUACAUUUUCAUUUAAUAAAUAUUCAAUUUAACAGUUGUUCCACUUUCGAUAACGUCGGCCGCAUCGUUUUCUACAAUUAUUCAUUUUCAAAUAUUACGCAACGAUCAUCUUGUUUCCAGUUAUUCAGAAGUAAGUGAUGAAAAUUUGACUUUCUCUAGGGUGGAUUUAUACACGUUUGAAAAUUACUUUUAACCUGAACUUACGAACACCACUAGAAAGUAUGUUAAUACGAAAAAUAUGGAAGGUGUGCCCCUUGACAUAGGCCAUUUUGAUGUGCGUUUGGGCUUGCAGGCAUUAUUCUUCCAGGGGCAGGUGAAACUAACUGAGAAAUUUGCAGCUUGCGGGUUAACAGUAAUUGAGAAAUUGUCGAGAAUCUCGAUCUUAUUCUUAUCGACGAUUUUCAAUUGAACUUGAUAUUGUUAAUUUGCGAACGUGAGGUGUUAGAGGAACGUUGCGAUAGCUCACGUUACGAUAGCUUAAUCGUAAGUUGUAAUUGCAGUGAGAUAUUCGAUUUUUGCACAACGCGAACGACAGUCUUGUAGUUUUAGUUGUCGAGAACGGAACUGAUGGAGGAAAUAAUGGAUGCUGAAGGAACAUUUAGAUAUAUGCAGAGAGGAAGAUGACACCAAUAUUUUGCAGUUAAGACUCGAGAGUUAUGAAUCAGAGGAUGAAGAGGAAAAAGAUAAUAGCUCGGAUUGUGUUAAUAAUUCUAAUGCAGAAGAUGACAGUUCCAAUAAUAAAAAGAAUAAUAAUGAUAAGCCAGUGAUUACGCCUGUACCUGAUACACAAUGUCAUUGCUGCGCCGAGGAUUUGAGUACUGCACACAGCGGUGGGGAAUUUAAAUGUCAGCACUGUAAUCUGUCAUUUAAAAAAAAGUCAUCUUUGGAAAGACACAUUGUAGUAAUUCAUUGGCAAUGUGAUUCGUGUACCUGUAAAGAUUGUGGAGAAUCAUUUCGUGAUAGAAAAUCAUUGAAUAGACAUCGUUAUACAACUCACGCUGAUAAAAAAAUUUUUAGAUGCGAGCCCUGUGAUACUUAUUUUUCACGGAUGUAUCAUUUAAAUCGUCACAUAAUGCAAUCAGGAUGUCACGGAAAUAUUCUUAAUACAUAUAAUUGCCAAGUUUGCCAGAAAAUGUUCACACGUAAAGAUAAUCUACGUGAACAUCUACGAACACAUGCUGGAACUCCUCAGAGACAGAAGAAGCCUUGUAAAUAUUGUCCUAAAGAAUUCUUUACUAAUCAACAGUUGUUAAUUCAUGAACGUGUACACACAGGAGAACGACCGGUUCAGUGCGAUUUAUGCCCAAAGUCUUUUCUAUCUUCUCUUGCAUUAAAAAAACACAGACGUGUACAUACAGGAGAAAAACCGUUUGAAUGUCAAUAUUGUCAAAAGAAAUUCGCUGCUCGGGAAACUUUAAAUCGCCAUCAGAGAACUCAUACUGGCGAGAAACCUCACGUUUGUCAAUAUUGUUCGAAAUCAUUUAUUCAGGCCGCUCAAUUGAGAGCACAUAUAUUUCACCAUACUGGAGAAAAUGGUUUUUAUUGCGAAGUAUGUGGAAAAGCAUUUAGUAGAAAAGCUCGGUUGAAUGUUCACAAAAAAUUCGUUCACGAAGGAGCAACACCAUUCACGUGUCAAAUGUGUGAAAAAAAAUUUAUAAGAAAAGAAGAUCUUGUUAAGCAUGUAAUACUUCAUACAGGAGUUAAAGCUUAUAAAUGUGAUAAGUGUACGAAAGCAUUUUCUACAAAAUCUUCUUUGCAAGCUCAUUUAAAUACUCAUAGACGAGAGCCACCACAAUCUUGCGUCGAAUGCAAUAGAGUUUUCAUACGUCAGGAUUGUUUAAUGAGGCACAUUAAAGCAAAGCAUCGUGCUCUACUGGAAGAAGUGAUGGAUGAGGUCGAAAAAAAAAAUUUGCAAACGCAGUUAUAUAAUAUCGCCACAGUUGCCGCAGAAAGAACAAAGAAUGGAGAGUCUACAAAAUUGUCCACCAAGGAAUUAUUAGAAGCUAUCACAGACCUUUUGAAAAUAUUAAUUGAUGAUGAUACUCUUCAGCUUUUUGGUUGGCCUGAUGCUCCUAUUGAAGAUAUCGUAGAAGCUGUAAUCAGAAGAUGCGGACACGAACCGAUAACAUCAGAUUGUAGAUUAUCCUCUGAUGAAAGACUAAGGGACAAUAUAAAAUGCUUGUUUAUGGUUGUCAUAGAAGAUAAUAGGGUAAAAUCUCUUUUAACAAGAAACACGAUAGACGAUGUUAUUGUACAUGUUUUAAAACUUUCAAAAGAAACAAAUUUAUAGUUAUGGAGAAGAACAAAAUUAUUUACAUCUAAAAUAUUCAUCUUUUUUUUUCCUAACUACCAUUGAAAAAAUUUAAAAAUUUAAUUUCUCUUCUCUAAAUAUAGAAGAGAAAUAAUAUCAUUUUUAUACAUUUACUAUUUUCUACAGAAAAAAAACACAGAUUAGAUCUAACAUUGUUGAUUCUUUAAUGUCAUAAAUCUUUUAAAAAACCAAUUAUACUACACGUAUAAUGCAUAAGUGUAAUUGUGGGUAUGCCUAUAAAUGUACCUGUAAGUAAUGAAUAUAAAUAUUAUAUUAUUAAACAUAAACAUAAAUUGAUAUAUUUCCUAACGUAUGUUAUUUGAAAGCAGUUUAUUCUUUUUAUAAUAUACAUCAUUUGUAAAAUAUAGUUGUAUAUUAUUUUAUACUACUAUUUUAUACCUACACCUGUAAAAUGUUAUUAUAUAAUACUAAUAAUAACUAAAGACAAAUGCUGUUAACCAGCAUACUUUUGAGAGGAAAAUUUACUUGAUUUAUGCCACCGAAACAGCGCAUGGUGG